GCCAAGACCUACUUCACCUCCAAGUUCGCUACAUCGACUCCGCCUACUACAUCAACUCCUCAAGCUACAAGUGCCAAGGCCGACGCAUCCUCUACACCAUCCAAGAGACCGACUAUCCAAAGUCGCAUGAAGCAAACGGUCUCCUCCACCGCCUCCUCUAAGGCAUCCACGGGACCCUCUAGUGUCACUUGCUUCAAGUGUGGCACCCAAGGUCACAAAUCGUUUGAGUGCAAGAACACCAAGGUCAUGAUCACUAUGGAGAAUGGUGACAUCGAGACUCUUGAUGAGGAUGAAUAUGAAGCCCUUGUGCAAGCCGCCGUGGCAAGUGAAGAAGCUUAUGAGCAAGAAAGUGGAGAAGAUCCUCUCUUAUGUGAGCAUGACCCAAGUCCCUCACUUGUGGUCACAAGGGUGCUAACCACACAACCUCAUGAUAUGGAAGAACAACGGUGCAACAUCUUCCAAACCCGUGCCGGAAUUGGUGGCAAGUCUAUCAAGGUCAUCAUCGAUGGUGGAAGUUGCCAUAACCUUGCGAGCACCGAGUUGUGUGAGAAACUCCACCUCACUCUCCGCAAGCAUCCUCACCCCUACCAUAUCCAAUGGUUGAGUGACAAGGGCAACGUCAAGAUACAACAUACCGUCACCGUCAACUUCAAGAUCGGCCCUUAUGAGGACACCAUCGAGUGUGACGUGGUACCCAUGACGGUGUGCCACAUGUUGCUUGGCCGCCCUUGGCAAUAUGACAAGAAGGCUAUACAUGAUGGACUCUCCAACACAUACACCUUCAAGGUCAACGACAAGAAGUUCGAGUUGCGCCCGAUGACUCCUAGCCAAAUCAUCGCGGACAAUGCGAAGGCUUUAGCGAGGGCACAACUCCGCACCCACCAUAGUGAGAUGAGAGGUGAGGGAGCGACCCACCACAAAGAUAGUGAGCGCCACAAGCCAUAUAUGAGUGAGUCCAAGAGUGUCCUUCUAGCCACCAAGAGUGAGUGGAGAGAGCUACAAGAGAACCCAUCCACCAUAUUGCACUAUGUGCUCAUAUGCAAGGGACCCUCGUCGGAGACUAACGACUUAACCAACAUUCCUCCGUCUUUGUUGUCUCUUUUGGCAGGAAUUUCAAGACGUCUUCCCCGACGAGCUCCCUCAUGGACUACCACCACUCCGCGGCAUAGAACACCGCAUCGACCUCAUACCCGGCGCUCCGCUCCCAAACCGUGCCGCCUACCGCACCAAUCCCGAAGAGACCAAGGAGAUCAACCGCCAAAUUCAAGAUCUCCUCGCCAAAGGGUAUGUCCGUGAAAGCCUUAGCCCUUGUGCGGUUCCCGUGAUCCUUGUGCCUAAACCGGAUGAGACGCAACGGAUGUGUAUGGAUUGUCGCCCCAUCAAUGCCAUUACCGUCCGUUACCGCCAUCCCAUUCCGCGUUUAGAUGACAUGCUAGAUGAACUUAGUGGUGCCACGAUUUUCUCUAAA